ACACACACACACACACACACACACAUGCGCACUUGCGCACUCUCGCUCUUGCGCUCGGGUGCACAUGGUCCAGCGCCAUCUGCAGACUCCGGGGACCACGUCUGAGGGGAGCCCGCUGCCAGCAGUGACUGCGCAUGUGCGGCCCUUGGCGUCCAGUUUAAAGGCGGAGGCGCGGGGCUGAGCCGCCCGGGCUGACCCACGUCCCUUUGCGCUUGGCCACACGCUGAGCGCACGCUGCAGCUGUGUCUGCGCCUGAUGCAGGGCCAGUGGUCAGUACUCAGGAUGGAGCAGAGGCAGCAGGCCACAAAGCUGGAGCCCCCAGCCGCUGCCCGCACCCUUGAGGUCCUCUAUGCGUGAGCAGGGACCACGUGCUGCAGAAUGGAGCCUUCAUCCGGGCCCACCCAGGGGUCCAGCGUCUCGGCCACGCUGCCGGCACCUAGCAGGGGGGAUGACACCCUGAGCAGCCUCUUCACGCCGGCUCCGCUGCCUCCAGGCAGCCCUACGGUGGCCGGGGCUCAGGCAGCGGCCUGGAUCCCCUUCCCCACGGUGGACGUUCCAGCACACGCACACUACACCCUGGGUGCAGUGAUUCUGCUGGUGGGGCUCACCGGGAUGCUGGGCAACCUGACGGUCAUCUACACCUUCUGCAGGAGCAGAGGCCUGCGGACCCCGGCCAACAUGUUCAUCAUCAACCUGGCGGUCAGCGACUUCCUCAUGUCCUUCACCCAGGCCCCCGUCUUCUUCACCAGCAGCCUCUACAAGCGGUGGCUCUUUGGGGAGGCAGGCUGCGAGUUCUAUGCCUUCUGUGGGGCCCUCUUUGGCAUCACCUCCAUGAUCACCCUGACGGCCAUCACCUUGGACCGCUACCUGGUCAUCACACGCCCACUGGCUACCAUCGGGGUGGCCUCCAAGAGGCAGGCGGCGCUUGUCCUGCUGGGCGUCUGGCUCUAUGCCCUGGCCUGGAGUCUGCCACCCUUCUUCGGCUGGAGCGCCUACGUGCCCGAGGGACUGCUGACCUCCUGCUCCUGGGACUACGUGACCUUCACGCCCUCUGUGCGCGCUUACACCAUGCUGCUCUUCUGCUUCGUGUUCUUCCUGCCGCUGCUGGUCAUCAUCUACUGCUACAUCUUCAUCUUCAGGGCCAUCCGGGAGACCGGCCGGGCCUUUGAGAGCUGCGGGGAGUCCCCCCGGCGGCGGCGGCAGUGGCAGCGGCUGCGCAGUGAGUGGAAGAUGGCCAAGAUCGCCCUGCUGGUCAUCCUGCUCUUCGUCCUGUCCUGGGCGCCCUACUCCGCCGUGGCCCUGGUGGCCUUUGCCGGGUAUGCGCAUAUGCUGACGCCCUACAUGAACUCCGUGCCCGCCGUCAUCGCCAAGGCUUCUGCCAUCCACAACCCCAUCAUUUAUGCCAUCACGCACCCCAAGUACAGGGCAGCCAUCGUGCAGCACCUGCCCUGCCUGGGCGUGCUGCUGGGCGUGUCCGGCCAGCACGGCCGCCCCUCCCUCAGGUACCGCUCCACGCACCGCUCCACACUGAGCAGCCAGGCCUCCGACCUCAGCUGGAUCUCGGGACGCAGGCGCCAGGAGUCCCUGGGCUCUGAGAGCGAGGUGGGCUGGACAGACACCGAGGCAUGGGGGGCUGCCCAGCAAGGAAGUGGACAGUCCCCCUAUGAUCUGGUGCUGGAGGACUGGGAAGCCAGGGCCCCUCCCAAGGCCCGAGUAUGGGGAGCCGGGACUCCCGGAAAGACCAAGGGACAGCUCACCUGCCUGGACCCCCAGAUGUAGGACGCCGGCUGGUCCUCCCUUCUGCCUAGGACAUGUCUGGCCCCUCAUGUGCCCCCACCCCACCAGCCUGCAGGCUUUGUACACCCCCUCCCCCAGCUGCUCUGGAAUCCCAACUCCAGCCCUGAAUUCCACCUCACACUGCAGAGGUCCUGCCCAUGGGUGUGGCCUGCAGCCUCAGUCCCAGCUCUGUAGGCCUCCACCAGCGGCUGCUGCUUCUGCAAACACUGGCUCCAGGACGCUCCGGGGAGGGACAGCGCUGCACUUCCCACUGGCACAGCCUCCUGUGUGCUGACCCCACUCGCGCCAUCCCCAGUGGCCCACACCUGCAUGCGCACGAAAUGCCCGGGUACCCAUCUGCAUGCUCGCCGAGCCCCUGGUAUGGUCUCGGCAGCGGCCUUGGUUUGCCCUGAGCUGCAGCACUGUGGCAGGGUAGGAAAUAAAAAGCAGAGAUGUUGA